GGGGAAAGGAAGCCUAAAAAGGUAAGAGAUGAAAAGGGAAGGAGAAAGUAGGGAAGGGGGAGCAGAAAAGGAGGAAAAUUUGGCAGAAAAGUUGACAGUAAGGAGGGGAGGAGUAUUGAUUAGAAAAAGCACAGGUGGUGGCCCAACCACUCCAGUAGUGUCCUCAUGGAAUUGGAGACCUUGUUGCCCUUUUGACCUUGAUCCCAUCAUUAAAGACUCCCCCUUUACCAUUGAUACCAGCUCCUCCUCCUCCUCUGUCUCUGCUAGAAAGCUAGCUGCUGCUCUUUGGGAGUUUCAACACUUCCAAUUCCUUCCAAAGAUGCACAGGGCUUCUCACACUAAUGGUGGUGGCGGCGAUGGCAGUGGUGGUGGUGGUGCUCCACCUCCUAGGCUGAGACACCUUCAGCUCCAUCACCACCACCCCAGCAGAGACAAGAAGGCUCUUGAUCUUUCUCACUUUUUGGCUGAUAAUUGUCCUAGUUCUCCUGACCAGCCGGAAAGUGCAAGCAGUUUAAGGAGGCAUAUUGCAGCAUCGUUGAUGCAACAUCACCGAACGAUUGAAAGGAACAGAUUGAACAAUCACAUUUUGCAGCCUGCAUCGCCUGCAAGCUACGGUAGUUCCCUGGAGGUGGCUCCGUAUAACCUUGCAGUCACCCCUAGCGGUUCUUUGGACUUUAAGGGAAGGAUUGGCGAAUCACACUAUAAUCUUAAAACAUCUACAGAACUGCUAAAAGUUUUGAACCGGAUUUGGAGCUUGGAGGAACAGCAUACAUCUAAUAUAGCAUUGAUAAAAGCGUUGAAAACAGAGUUGGAUCAUGCUCGUGUUAAGAUCAAAGAGUUGCUUCGGGUUCGGCAAGCUGAUCGACAUGAGCUAGAUGAUUUGGUGAAACAAAUUUCAGAAGAUAAACUAGUUAGGAAGAACAAAGAACAGGAUCGAAUCCAUGCUGCAGUUCAGUCGGUCAGGGAUGAGCUAGAAGAUGAGAAGAAGUUAAGAAAACGAUCAGAAAGCCUACACAGGAAGUUAGCGAGGGAGCUUUCUGAGGUCAAAUCCUCUCUUACUAAUUCUGUGGAAGAGCUUGAAAGAGAGCGGAAAUUAAGGAAGUUGUUAGAAGACCUAUGU